AUGGAAUUCUUGGGCACCACCCAGACGGCCAGCUACUGUGGACCGAAGAAGAGCUGCCUGCUGCCAGAGGUGGCCCCCACCAGCCUCAGCCAUGACAGCUACCAGGCUUACUACCUGCCAGGCUAUCGCUACCUGAACUCAUGGAGGCCCAGCCUCUUCUACAAGGUCUCCGCUUUCCGACCUGGCGAUGAGGGGGCCGGGCGCCUCAGUGCCCCGUUGAGGCCCCCAACCAUCCUGCCCUCGGUGAGGUCCUCCCUCUACGCCCGCUACAGUCCCCAAGACUGGUAUAAAGCCAACGCCGUGCAGAUCAAAGGGUCGGAGGCAUACCGGCACUGGGCCGGGCGGCUGAAUGCGGACAGUGCGCGGCUCAUGCAAGACAAGGACCAGCUGACUCGGCAGCAGCAGGAGGAUUCUGGGAAAAACCUGGGACAGAGGCUGGCCGACAUCGAUUUCUGGCGGUCCGAGUUGACCUAUGAGCUCGAGCGGCUGCUGCUUGAUACUCGUGCGCUGGACACUGCCAAGCGGCGCCUGGAGUGUGCGGCUGAUGAAGCCCAGGGGCCUCUCCAGGUGGCCUUGGAAUGCUUAUACAAUCGGGAGAAACGGAUGGGAAUUGACUUGGUCCACGAUCACGUGGAAAGGAAUCUUAUACAGGAGGUUGAUUUGAUCAGGGCGUGCCAAGAGAAAAUGAGAAAGCUCGCAGAAAGAAUCGACCAGCAGAUUAACCUUAACAGAGAUGCUCAACAUGCGCUUGAGAGGGAUCUCGGAGAUAAAAGUUCCGCUCAUUUUAUUGAUGAAAAAUGCUAUAAUUUGAGGAAUACUUCAGACAGUAUCAACUACUACCAUGGAAUUGAGAAAAUUGAUGGAACAGUCUCCGUCCCUGAAACCUGGGCGAAGUUUAGCGAUGACAACAUCCGGUAUUCCCAGAACGCCCGGGCCAACACGGCCAUCCUCUGCGAGGAAGCCAACCACACGCUGGAAAUCACCUCGGAUGACAUGUGGAAGCAGUGGACAGACAGCAACCUGUCCUUUACCUCUCGCAUCUCAGAAAUUGCAGAUGCCAAGAACCAGCUGCAAGCACAGCUGGCGAAGACCCUUCAAGAAAUCUUCCAGACUGAAAACACCAUCAUGUUACUGGAAAGGGCAAUCAUGGCCAAGGAGUGUCCCCUGAAGGUGGCCCAGACCCGCCUGGAAGCGCGGACCCGGCGGCCAAACGUGGAGCUGUGCCGGGACGUCCCCCAGUUCAAGCUGGUGAACGAAGUGUUCACAAUUGAUGACACGCUCCAGACCCUGAAGUUGCGCUUGCGAGAAGCCCAGGAUACCCUGCAGCUGCUAAUCCUCAACAAGUCGAAACUGGAGCACGACCUGAUGGUGAAGGCCAACAGCCUCUUCAUUGACAAGGAGAAGUGCAUGGGGAUGCGGAAGACCUUCCCCAGCACGCCCCGCCUGGUCGGCUACACUUGAGGCUGCCACGGCCGCCUUCCACGCUCCUGUCAAUCUGACAUAAAAGAUUGAAAAUCAUGGGAGACACUUCUGCUCGUUUAUUUUUUUCUAGCAAAUGGAA